AAUACCCUCUUACUCAAAUUUAUACAACUAACAAAUGAAUUGAUCAAAGUUACCCAUCAAAUAAUCAAUUAUUUGAAAAUGACAAUUGUAAACAUCAGUACGAAGAUCUCUAAAUUUUUCCUCAAUGCCGGACCGGCCGGAGCUGCUUGGAAUAGUAGAGCUUUUGUCACUGCUGCUCCUAGACCAUUGCAAGCUAAAAAAGAAGAUAAGGAGACGGCAGAAACAUGCCAAAAUGUGAAAGAAGCAGCAGAAGCAGUUAAAGAAGGUGCAAGAGAAGUGAGGAAGACCACUGAAUUGAUUCAAAAUUCUGCUGCUUCAGCUGCUGAAUCUGUUACAAAAAUGGCUAAGGAUGUGACAGAUAAAGUAACAGAAACAGCAGAUAACAUGACAGAGAUUGCUAAAGAUUCAGUUUCAGGUGCUUUGGGAACUGCCAAGACAACCACAGAGAAGAUCAAAGACAAGAUCAUGGGCAAGUGAAAUGAAGAACACAAAGAGAUUUAUCUUUGUGUUUAUUUUUUUUAAUCUAUCUUUAAUAGCAAGUAAGCAUAAACAAACAUUAUGCUCAUGCUUUUCUUAAUCUUACCUUGCAACAUUAAUUGUGAUUUUUUCUAUUAUCCUUCA